CUUCAUGACCCUUCUAAAAAGUCGAUCCCGAGAACAAGUUGACAAACUGCGUUUUUUUGGAAACAAAAAAGUUGUGCUUGAAAUAGCUUACAUUAAAAACCCAAACACGACCCCAUGGCCACCACCCGCACAGUCGAGAUUCACGCUGACAAGGCGUCGCAGCGGGGUAUCCUGAGUAAAAACGUCCCCACCCCAGAGUUGUCAUGCAAAUUUGCAUGCUGAAAAUAUUUCUUAUGCGGAGCCCCAUGAGAGGCAUUUCCUAGUCGUGUUUCGGAAUUUGUCAUGCUCCAAUCAGAAUGAUGUGCUACAUCUGUGAUGCUUCUUAGCUAGCUAAACAGGAUUACACUACGAGGCGAAACUUGUCAUGCAUAACUCCCAAAACUUGGAGACUUGUGUUGCAAACUUCCCAUCUUGACUCUGGUGUGGGGACGUUUUUCCUGAGGAUACGGGGCGUGCCGGUGGAUGCGUUCUUCAAAUUUCUCUUCCCCCCAACACUGGAGCAGCCCGAGUCUACGGGGAGGUUGGAUGUGUUCGGCCAUUUCGGACCGGUAGACGAUAAUGGGUUUCUGCGGGGUGGGUGCGCCAACAGACACAAAGUGUGCGACCACGAAAUCAAGAAGCUGAUUGUGUCGCUGAACGAGACACUACUGUAGAGUUUUGGAUUAAUGUUUCUAUCCCUCAACAACAUAACAUCCGCAGUUUGUCAUGCGAAACCUGGUAAGAGUGGAUCUUUCUGUGAUGUAAAAAUCGCAAAAAAAUUUUCUAUCAGAUACCAACUCUUCGAGCCAAAACCGAAGGACACCGUGAAAGUGGUCGUGGACGAAAUUUUACCGAAGGCAGUGUCGCACUGCUAUACGGAGAAAGAGAUCAAAAGGCUAAUAUCACCAGUCGCGAAGGAUAUUGAAGGGAGACUACCGUUUUCGGAAGUGCAAGAUAUCAUUUUGAAAGGUAUAGUUUUCUUUUUUGGAUCUGUGAUGCAGGAAUGCGUAAACCGCCACAAUCUGUCAUGCAGAAGUUGCAAAAAUUGAAUUGCAUUCGUAAUAAAGUCUACAAAACUACUCCUCAUCAGACCAACGGCGUCGCCUCCUCAUUCUGAUCGACGGCGGUUCCAUUACCGCGGAGACCCGGAAGCAGAUCCCCUUCCAGACCGUCCCCACGAAGAUCCUCACGAGGAUCACGCAGAAGAAGAAGCUGCUGCCACCACAAGAAUUCAACUACAAGGCGAAAUUGCUGAACGGUUCGGCCGCAUUGAUCGCACCGGUGGAGAUAUCCCACGAAAAAACUGUUUCACUGUGAACUUGUGAUGCAGAGAAUGGAGCACGGAACGAUUUGUCAUGCUACUUACACCUGCAAGACAAUGGAUUUUUUAGCGUGUUUUCCUUUGGGAAGGUCGCAUGGCAAAUUUUCUGUCUCAUGUGUAACAAACUUGUGAUGCAGAACUUGCAAAACCCUUACAGUGAAACAGUUUUUUCGUGGGAUAGGAGAUGCAGAACUUGUCCUCGCAACUGUCCAACAACAUCCUCCUCCUCCGUUAUGGUGAGAGAAAAGUGUUACAGUUACACACUCUCCUGAUGGGAGACAAGCAAAACAGACAACCUCUGUCAUGCACGAAAUGCUUGCCAACCUCAUGCCGUUCGUGUUUUCCCUUAUAGUUGAUUGCGCAUCACAGGUUUUGUUUGCCAUGGCGAGCAACUUUGUGAUGCAGAAACUCCAACAGAUGUGUAAAUGUCACACUUUUAUUUUCCUGUGAUAUCCGUGGUGUCGGGUCUACCACUGACAAGUGGGAUCGGUACUGCGCGCUGCGACAAACCGGGAAGGCGACUUACGUGGCGAGCAGGAAUACGGACACAACGAACAAAUACGAGGAGGGGAGCAAGGCGGGAUCCACUGGCGGGGUCAGCGAUUUGAAAACCUGUAUGAUAUUAACCAGGAAUCCGAAGGACGCACCGAAAGUGGUCAACUUCCCGCCGAAACGGCAGCACUAGGCGGUGGUAGGGGGAGAGUGUUGAUUGUGUGUAUGAUGUAUCGUCGUGCUGCCUGGUACAGUAAAAAGGUGCGACUUUUGAAAUGAUCCGGUUUUUCUUUUUACAAUUUAUGCGAAGAAACCUUUACCUAUUGACACGAAAGAACCUUUUGAACUCAAUGAACUUUGAACCUAGGAAUGUUGGUGGACAUUAUACCCAUUUUGAUUCUCUUGCAACCCAUUUUGGUGGAGGAUUAAAUCGAAACUGUAGAAGUUUUGUCGAAGGCUGGAAAUGAAAUUAAGGCGGUUUUUAGUAGAAACGAAACAAGGCGCUGCGCUACUAUAGCGUAAGUAGGUGGAGUGCCCGAGGUGCGUUGAUGUGAUCGUGUUUUCGGGUUUCCGUAUGAGCGAGAGCGAGAGCCGAGAAGCCUAGGGUAAGGGAAAAGGGAAAUCCGUACUGCGAGAGAGUGGCGACUGUUGUGCGCGGUUUUCAGAUGGAUAUGCGGGCGAUGUAGAAACUGUUCAGAAAC